GACCUCACCACCGCCUUUCAACCCUUAAUUCACACUGCCUCGAUACCCUAUAGCGCUCCCUCGAUACCCCGGACGACAAAAACACUACGUCCACCUAGCAUAGCCCGCGGCAAUCAGAACAGAAACUCCACGUCCCAUCACCACCAUGAUUCGCCGACAAGCCCGCCAGCGCCGUGACUACCUCUACCGGCGCGCACUGACACUGCGCGAUGCAGAAAUUGCCUCCAAGCGCGCGGCGCUACGAGCGUCGCUCGCCAGCGGAAAGCCGCUGGACCCCAACAUCGCAAACGACAAGGCACUGCGCGCGGACUACAAGUACGACGAGUCGACGGACGACCGAACGACGGCGGAAGCGCUGGAGCUGGACGACGAGUACGCGCAGCUGAGCGGGGUGGUAGAUCCGCGGGUGCUAGUGACGACGUCGCGCGACCCGAGCACGCGACUGGGGGCAUUCGCGAAGGAGAUCCGACUAUUGCUGCCGACGAGCGUGCGCGUCAACCGCGGAAACCUCAUCCUGCCGAACAUCGUGGGGAGCGCGAAGGCGGCGGGGCUGAGCGACGUGGUGCUGCUGCACGAACACCGCGGCACGCCCACGGCGCUGACGGUCUCGCACUUCCCGCAUGGCCCGACCGCCUCCUUCUCCCUGCACAACGUCGUCCUGCGCCACGACAUCCCGAACGCCGCGCGCGGCACCGUCUCUGAGAGCUAUCCGCACCUAAUCUUCGAGGGCUUCUCGUCCCCGCUCGGCAAGCGCGUCGUCAAGAUCCUGAAGCACUUGUUUCCGCCGCGUGCCAGCGCCGCCAUCACCAGCAAGGACGUUGGCAGCCGCGUCGUCACGUUUGUGAACCGCGAGGAUAGCAUCGAGGUCCGCCAUCAUGUGUUUGUGCAGACGGGGUACCAGAGCGUCGAGCUCGCCGAGGUCGGGCCCCGUAUGACGAUGCGUCUGUUUGAGAUUAGGGGCGGCACGCUCGAGAAUAAGGACGGCGAUGUCGAGUGGCAUAUGAACCAGUACACGCGCACGGCUAAGAAGAAGGACUACCUGUGAGGAGCGCAAGGGCAUGGUGGGUAGGAAGCGCGUAAGAGCGGGAUAUGCGACUCGGCGGCUGGACGAAGCCGCGUGCAGUGGAGUUUCAAAAGUUCUUAUGGGGGUUUCGGCGUCUGGGCGGCGUCCUGCGAAAGAAGGUGGCUCUUGUUGUACAUUGUCAAGUUGUACGCGGCAACGUACUCCUACUCGCGGCGAGGCAUUCCUCAAAAUCCACUUGAGGCUGUAAAAGGAACGGCAUCCGAAGCCAUGGGAUCAACCGCCCUGGUCUUCGAACCCAGCGGCGCAGAACCAGGAACUGGCCGACGCCGCGACCAGAUCAGCAUUUUCGGCAAUUGGGCGGCGGGUACGGGGCGGGCCAAGCGGAAGCAGGGCUGCAUCCACGGAGUAACUAGAUCUACCUAGAAAAGUACAAGUGCAAGCGCUAUAAAGAAUUAUUUUCUGUAGUCAAUACCACACAUUGCAAGCACAG